GGCGCGGAAAGAGCAAAAACAGAAGUUUGUGAAGUUGAAGCUCAAUCUUUUCCCUGCAGGAAUGAAAGAUGGCUGUGAGUUUGGAGGACUACUUUCGCACCGUUUUCGAAGAGCAGCUCUCAACCAGUCUGCCCGCACCAGAGGAGGACCUGCGCACUGGAGCCACGCGCCUGCUGGACAAACGCAGAGAGAUAAAGCACAUGGACGCUGCUCUGAGGACACAGCAAGAGGAGUUUGAGGUGAAGAAAGAGAGUCUGAGACGGAGGAGAGACGAACUGAAGAUGAAAGAAGAGAAACUCAAAGACUCUUUACUGAAGUUUGACAAGUAUCUCAAAGAGAACGAUGCUAAGAAGACACGGGGUCUGAAGAAGGCCGAGGCAGAGAGAGCUGUAGUGAGAGAGAGAGAGCGGGAAGCGCAGCAGUUACAGAGAAACAUCGCCGCCCUGCUGGCCAAGAAGGAGCAGCUGCAGGCGCGAGUCAACCGCAAUAGAAUCUACUGGAGCUUCUUAGAUGGCGUCCUCAAGACCUCGAGGAAGUUCGAGGAUGUUGGGCAGCUGAUUGGCCGUUUCGACACGCUGGUUUGUACGCGGGAGCAGCUGCUGAAGCGGCAGAGCGAGGUGGAGAGUGAGAGAGAGAGGGAGGGUGUGGAGCUGAGGAGAUACGUCAGUGAGAGGGGAUCAGCGUUACUGCACUACAACAACCGACUCUCACAGCUACAGACUGACCUGGACACCAUCCUCUCUCAGGCCCUCAGAUGGGAAUCCACAUGGAAUCACAUCCAGGCGACGGCUGCCAAAGAGACGCUCCUGUUGGGCCAGAUAAAGGUCGUGACCCUGAACCUUUAUCACUUGACUGGCGUCGUCGCGGGUGGAGCUGAAGGGGUCGGUGUUGACGACACUCUGGAGCAGCUGGACAAGGUGAGGGAUUUCAUUAUUUUUUAUUUAUUAUUCUCUGUUGUACCUCAAGUGGUGAAAUUGUUUGGAAAGUGCGGAUUGCAAACAUUCAGUCCAGACUGCGUUAGCGUUUGUGAGUAGAAGAUAUUUUAUUAUGAUUUGAAUUUGCUGAAAAGUCUUGUUUUUUGCAUCCUUUACAUUUUUGACAUUUUGUUUUUCGUACUUUUUGGACAUAAAAAUGUCAGAAGCGCCCGACACAGACUUAAAAUCAAAUACUA